GUUUUAGCCAGGGAAAGGAAUUAAUGGAAUAUAUUAAGUUGCAUCCCGAGUGCUUGACCUCCUCCGCCUGAAGUCUUGGAACUCAGCCUACUCUCGUACCUACCUUACAUAAAGGUAUCUUAUCUUCGGUCCCUAUCUCCGGAGGUAAUGGCACGAUUACUUCUGCUCAGCCUGGCUGUGGCCGGCUCGGUCGCCGCUAGAUGCAACCCCAACCAGAAAGUGCUCUCUUGCUCCGCCGAGGCACAGUCGGGCUUGGUAAACUCGUGCGAGGUCGAGACUUUCGGCGGUCUGGUCCUCUCCACCCAGUUCUGGGACACAUACACGGGGCUUGAGUCCGAAGGGCAGCUGCUCCCCCGGAAGUCGUGGACCCUGCACGGCCUGUGGCCCGACUUCUGCAACGGCUCGUGGACGCAAUACUGCGACCUCAACCGGCAGUACGACCCCCACCCGUCGCCCAACACCACGACUGGCACUCCCGACGGCACCCCCGUUCCGCCCUACAACGGCCCGACCGUGGACACGUUCCUGACCGCCCUCGGUAAGCCGGGCCGCGCCCUUCUCGACUGGAUGAACAAGUUUUGGAUCUCCCAGAACGAGCCCAACGCCGUUCUCUGGGCCCACGAGUUCUCCAAGCACGCCACCUGCUUCAGCACCUUCGCGCCCUCGUGUUUUUCUCCGGAGGCCCUCGACAAGCACAGCGACCUGCUGGACUACUUCUCGGCCUCGGCCGACUUCUUCAAGCGGCUGCCCACCUACGACUGGCUCGCCGCAAAGUCCAUCAAGCCCAGCAACUCUACGGGCUACACGCUCGCCGACAUCCAGUCGGCACUGGCGGCCGAGCACGGUGCCAAGCCCUACAUCGGCUGCUCUGGCCCCCGGUACAACCAGACCGAGGCCGGUAAGGGUUCGCUCGACAACGGCAGGACGGUGCUGACCGAGGUGUGGUACUACUACCAUGUCUAUGGCCCGGUGCAGGCGGGCAAGGGCAAGCCUGUCGAGGCCGACAUCAACGGCGGCAGCGUUAGCAGCUGUGCCAAGGCGGAUGGGGCUGUUUGGUACUAUGAGCGGGCUUCUGGGUCGGAGGGGGGCAACUAAGGAGACUGAAGGUAUCAUAGGUUCGUGACUCUGUCAUUACGAAGGCGGUUAGGAAGUUCUCUCUGGUUACUCAAUGGCAGGUUGUCGGGAUAUCAUAAUGCAAAAUUGUGUAUACAUAAUACGUUUUCGUCUGUAGGCGUCAUGAAUAAUCCGAGAAACGCCUUGAGAAUUCUGU